UCAUAGCUGAUAGCUAUGAGAGUCUUUAUGGAAUCAACGUGAAUCACAACAUGCAGGUGUGCAGCACAUGGGGAAACUUCCACUUCAGCACAUUUGAUGGACAGAUCUUCCAGUUGCCCUAUACCUGCAACUACAUACUGACCACCCUGCGUGACAGCACCAAGACUGACUUUAACAUCCAAAUGAGGAGGCAGUAUAUCAACAAUCUCCCCACCAUCAGCUCCUUCACCAUAAACAUAGACGGGGUGGUGGUCAAACUUCUUCAUGGCAACAUUACUAUGAAUGACAAGGCAGUGGCCAUCCCAAUUCGUCAGUAUGGAGUUUGGAUUGAGAAAACGACAAGUUACAUUAAGAUCAGCUCCAGUAAACUGGAAAUUACAGUCCUUUGGGAUCUACAGAACUUUCUCUCGGUUGAGAUCCCCACAAAGUACAAGAAUCAGACCUGUGGACUGUGUGGGGACUUCAAUGGAUUGAAGGACAAUGAUCUAUUUGACAAUGAUGUGCAACUAACAGAACACAAUUUUGGGAUUAAAUGGAAGAUGGAUGCACCUACGGAGACAUGUGAGGAGAUUGAGCCCCAGACUAAUGGAUGCCAGUCCCAGAAAACCUCAUGUGAACAGCUGCUUUCUCAUCCAGCCUUCAGUAGCUGUUACGGACUGCUGCCCAUUAAGGCAUUUGUGGACGCAUGUGUUAGAGAUAUGUGUCAGUGUAACAGCAGCCACGCUAUGUGCAUGUGUGACACAAUAUCGGAGUUCUCUCGCCAGUGUGCGCAUGCUGGGGGCAAGCCGCAGAGUUGGAGGACCAGCAAGUUGUGUGGCAAAGAGUGUCCAUUUAACCUGGAGCACAGGGAAUGUGGGAGUCCAUGUAAAGACACCUGUUCUAACCAAGAGGGGAGCCUAGUCUGCAGUACACACUGUAACGAUGGCUGCUUCUGUCCAACAGGAACCGUGUUUAAUGAUAUUGAGGAAAAUGGCUGCAUCCCUGUUGUUCAGUGUCCCUGCAUCCACAGUGGAAAGGUGUACAAGCCUGGAGAGUCAUACAAUACAACCUGUCAAAAAUGUAAGUGUUCUGAAGGCCGGUGGAGUUGUGUGAACCUGGACUGUCCUGGCAGUUGCUCUAUACAAGGAGGGUCUCAUAUCACCACAUAUGACGGCAAAGCUUACAACUUCCAUGGAAACUGCUACUACGUUCUUUCCAAGGACAGCAUAAAUGAUGUGACAGUAUUGGGGCAUCUGGUGCAGUGUGGGCAGACAGAAACUGAAACUUGUCUGACUGAUGUGAAGUUCAUUGUUUCAGGAACUUCUGUUACUGUCUCAUCCACUGGCUCUGUGCUUGUGAAUGAGAUUACAACCAAGCUUCCCAUUUUAAAUGAUGAUGUCACAGUCUUUAAGCCUUCUACAUUCUACAUCAUCGCUCGCAGUCCAGACCUUCUAUUGGUGAUCCAAAUGGUUCCAGUCAUGCAAGUGUACAUAUUGGCCAGCUCUAAAAAGAAAGGAACAUUGAGUGGUCUUUGUGGGAACUUUAAUGAUGUCCAGGCAGACGACUUCAAAACAAAAUUAGGACUAACGGAGGGCACAGGUGCAACGUUUGCCAACACAUGGAAGGCUAUGUCCAACUGUCCUGACAUUAGUAUCAGUCAAGAAAACCCCUGUAGUAUGAGUGUGGAAAAAGAGAAAUAUGCCAUGGAAUGGUGUAACAUGCUUAUUAACCCAAGGGGAGUCUUUUCACCCUGUCAUGCUGAAGUCAACCCAAAUGACUACAAAGAUAGGUGUAUUUAUGAUACAUGCAACUGUGCCAAAAGUGAGGAGUGCAUGUGUGCAGCUGUGUCCUCCUACGUAUAUGCAUGUGCUGCCAAACGUGUUCAGCUCCAUGGCUGGAGAAACGCCACCUGCGGUAGGUUUUCUGCAGAUUGUCCAGGCAAUAUGGUGUACUACUACAGCCUGAGCGGUUGUGCCACCACCUGCCGUUCCCUCAGUGCAUAUGACUACACUUGUCAGGUGUCUCACACACCUGUGGACGGCUGUGGCUGUGCCAAGGGUACCUACCUCGAUGACAAGGGCAAGUGUGUGCCUGACUCCAGCUGCCCCUGUUACUACAACAAUCAGAUUGUGGCCCCUUCUCAGGUCAUCAGCAAGGCCGGAACUAAAUGCACAUGCACUCGUGGGAAGCUAUACUGCAACGGGCAGCAGCAAGUUCCAACCUGCAAAGCUCCUAUGUACUUCUUCAACUGCUCGAAUGCUGGACCUGAAGCCAGAGGGACAGAAUGCCAGAAAAGCUGCCAGACGCUGGACUCUGACCAGUGUGUGAGCGCACAGUGUAUAUCAGGGUGUGUGUGUCCAGAUGGUUUACUGGCUGAUGGACAAGAAGGGUGUGUAAAAGAAGAGAGCUGUACAUGUGUUCACAACGGAGUCUUCUACCAACCUGGACAGACUGUUAAAGAAGACUGCAACACAUGCACUUGCAAGGGUGGAACAUGGAACUGCACACGUAAUAAGUGUCCUGGCACGUGUACCAUCUAUGGUGAUGGCCAUUACAUAACUUUUGAUGGUAGAAGAUACUCUUUCAGUGGAGACUGUGAAUAUACUCUGGUCCAGGAUUACUGCAGUAACACCCUCAAUGGUUCAUUCCGUGUCAUCACAGAAAAUAUCCCCUGUGGCACAACUGGGACCACCUGCUCCAAAUCUAUUAAAAUCUUUUUAGGGAACAAAGAGUUGCUGCUGUCAGAAGAAAAUAUUGUUAUUUAUGAUAAUAGCACAGAGUUUCCACAGAGGCUCUACACUGUGGGGAUUUACCUUGUAAUUGAGGUCAAGCAUGGUCUGGUUUUGUUCUGGGACAAGAAGACAAGCCUGAUGAUCAAACUCGAGCCCUGGUUUAAGGGCACAGUAUGCGGCCUGUGUGGUAACUAUGAUGGAAACGGUAAAAAUGACUUUGUGACUCGUGGUGGGGAGGAAGUGGUGGAUCCACUCGAAUUUGGAAACAGCUGGAGAGUUUCUCCUACAUGCCCCAAAACCAGCAGUGUCAGCAGCCCCUGCGAUAUGAGACCACACCGCCAGACCUGGGCCGUGAAGCACUGCAGCAUUAUCAAGAGUGAUGUCUUCAGUGCCUGUCACUCCCUAGUGAAUCCAGCUCAAUAUUAUGAUAUAUGUGUGCAAGACACGUGUGCAUGUGACAGCGGUGGAGACUGUGAGUGUUUCUGCACUGCCGUGGCAGCGUAUGCUGCAGCAUGCAAUGGGAAGGGAGCUUGCAUAUCGUGGAGGACCCCAACCAUCUGCCCUUUGUUUUGUGACUACUAUAACUCACCUGAUGGCUGUGAAUGGCACUAUAAACCCUGUGGGCAGUGUGUGAAAACCUGCCGUAACCCUUCAGGAGACUGCUUCAAUCAAACUCUAGUAGAAGGAUGCUUUCCCAACUGCCCCUCAGAACGUCCAUACCUGAAUGAGAAAACCAUGAAGUGUAUUUCAAAGCCUUACUGUGGUUGCAAUAUAAACAAUCAGCAUUACGAUGUUGGCCAACAAAUUCCUUCAGAAGAUGUCUGCAAAAAAUGCAACUGCUCCUUAGAGGGUCCUUCAUGUUACAAUGAAAAAGGAAAAGUACUAAACACCACAACAAAUGGGAAUGGAACAUGUUUCUCUGCUGAAUGUGGGCCCAAUGGAGAAAUUAUCAGUUAUAUGUUUAUAUGCUACACCUCUACCACCAUCUCAACUACCAGUACUACAGUCACAACAACUGAAAGAAAAUCAACGUCAAAAACAACAAAAAUAACCACUACAUUAACACCCUCAACUACACCUGUGACAGCGAGCACAUUAACUGCAAAAACUAGUCCAACGACAACUGUGGGAAGUUCUUCAACGCAGAAGACAACAAGAAUAACCACUACAUUAACCCCUUCAACUACACCUGUGACAGUGAGCACGUCAACUACAAGAACUAGUCCAACGACGACCGUAGGAAGUUCUUCAACACAGAAGACAACAAGAAUAACCACUACAUUAACCCCUUCAACUACACCUGUGACAGGGAGCACGUCAACUACAAGAACUAGUCCAACGACGACCGUAGGAAGUUCUUCAACACAGAAGACAACAAGAAUAACCACUACAUUAACCCCUUCAACUACACCUGUGACAGCGAGCACGUCAACUACAAGAACUAGUCCAAUGACGACCGUGGGAAGUUCUUCAACACAGAAGACAACAAGAAUAACCACUACAUUAACCCCUUCAACUACACCUGUGACAGGGAGCACGUCAACUACAAGAACUAGUCCAACGACGACCGUAGGAAGUUCUUCAACACAGAAGACAACAAGAAUAACCACUACAUUAACCCCUUCAACUACACCUGUGACAGGGAGCACGUCAACUACAAGAACUAGUCCAACAACGACCGUAGGAAGUUCUUCAACACAGAAGACAACAAGAAUAACCACCACAUUAACCCCUUCAACUACACCUGUGACAGCGAGCACGUCAACUACAAGAACUAGUCCAACAACGACCGUGGGAAGUUCUUCAACACAGAAGACAACAAGAAUAACCACUACAUUAACCCCUUCAACUACACCUCUGACAGCGAGCACGUCAACUACAAGAACUAGUCCAACGACAACAGUGGGAAGUUCUUCAACACAGAAGACAACAAGAAUAACCACUACAUUAACCCCUUCAACUACACCAGUGACAGCGAGCACGUCAACUACAAGAACUAGUCCAACGACAACCGUGGGAAGUUCUUCAACACAGAAGACAACAAGAAUAACCACUACAUUAACCCCUUCAACUACACCUCUGACAGCGAGCACGUCAACUACAAGAACUAGUCCAACGACAACCGUGGGAAGUUCUUCAACACAGAAGACAACAAGAAUAACCACUACAUUAACCCCUUCAACUACACCUGUGACAGCGAGCACGUCAACGACAAGAACUAGUCCAACGACAACCGUGGGAAGUUCUUCAACACAGAAGACAACAAGAAUAACCACUACAUUAACCCCUUCAACUACACCAGUGACAGCGAGCACGUCAACUACAAGAACUAGUCCAACGACGACCGUGGGAAGUUCUUCAACACAGAAGACAACAAGAAUAACCACUACAUUAACCCCUUCAACUACACCAGUGACAGUGAGCACGUCAACUACAAGAACUAGUCCAACGACGACCGUAGGAAGUUCUUCAACACAGAAGACAACAAGAAUAACCACUACAUUAACCCCUUCAACUACACCUGUGACAGGGAGCACGUCAACUACAAGAACUAGUCCAACGACGACCGUAGGAAGUUCUUCAACACAGAAGACAACAAGAAUAACCACUACAUUAACCCCUUCAACUACACCUGUGACAGCGAGCACGUCAACUACAAGAACUAGUCCAACAACGACCGUGGGAAGUUCUUCAACACAGAAGACAACAAGAAUAACCACUACAUUAACCCCUUCAACUACACCUGUGACAGCGAGCACGUCAACUACAAGAACUAGUCCAACGACAACCGUGGGAAGUUCUUCAACACAGAAGACAACAAGAAUAACCACUACAUUAACCCCUUCAACUACACCUCUGACAGCGAGCACGUCAACUACAAGAACUAGUCCAACGACAACUGUGGGAAGUUCUUCAACACAGAAGACAACAAGAAUAACCACUACAUUAACCCCUUCAACUACACCAGUGACAGCGAGCACGUCAACUACAAGAACUAGUCCAACGAUAACCGUGGGAAGUUCUUCAACACAGAAGACAACAAGAAUAACCACUACAUUAACCCCUUCAACUACACCAGUGACAGCGAGCACGUCAACUACAAGAACUAGUCCAACGACGACCGUGGGAAGUUCUUCAACACAGAAGACAACAAGAAUAACCACCACAUUAACCCCUUCAACUACACCUGUGACAGCGAGCACGUCAACUACAAGAACUAGUCCAACGACAACCUCCAAUGACGACCGUGGGAAGUUCUUCAACACAGAAGACAACAAGAAUAACCACUACAUUAACCCCUUCAACUACACCUGUGACAGCGAGCACGUCAACUACAAGAACUAG